CGUUCUGGAGUCAGACCUGGCAACCCACGGGAUUAGGGAUAUCUGUGAGGAAGUCGUUCGGGACCGUAAAAAGUGAUCGUAAAGAAGCGAUAAGUUUGGAUAUAACUUUACUUCGAAGUCAAUUUUACCCGAAACAAUGAAAAGCUUCACAUACAGACGAUUUUGAUCGAAUAAACAACUGUUUAGCUUCCAGGACAAAUUCUUCGCAGUAAAUUAUAACCGAUGUUUUGCGAAGCUAACUUCCGGUCAAACAUUCACGCGCACAUUUAAACCUCAAACGCGUCUAUUCUCGGUAUUCUGGAGAACAAAAUGAUGCCGCGAGGCGCUGCGUAUUUGUGAGAAGCGUGUCUCCUGGUUGUUUGUGAACUUUGGCUGACAGAAUGGCUGGCAUUUCCACGUACGUGGAGGAUUUGAAGCGGGGGCUAAAGUUGGACGUCCUGCGGGAAACCGUGCGUCAGUAUCCCCUGUCCUGCUGCCUGAUCGUCGGCCUGCUGCUGCUGACGGCGCUGCUCAACAGCUACCUCCACAUCUUGAUGAUCUUCUGGUCCAUGCUGGCUGGUGUCAUCACCUUCUACUGCUCCCUCGGACCCGAGUCUCUUGUUCCAAACAUCUUUUUCACCGUAAAGCAGAGGAACAAGCGGCAGGAGCCGGCGUUGUUCCCUCUGGGCCACAGCUGUGCCGUGUGCGGGAAGGUUAAGUGCAAGCGUCACCGACCGACGCUCCUCCUGGAGAACCAUCAGCCCUGGUUGGAGCUGAAGGUUCAUUCAAAGGUGGACGCUUCCAUCGCAGAGGUGUUCGAGUUGGUUCUGGAGAACUUUGUGUAUCCCUGGUACAGGGGGAUCACAGACGAUGAGACCAGUUUGGAUGAAGUGAGGAUGACUUUCCGGUUCUUUGCCUCCGUGCUCGUCCGCCGAGCUCAGAAGGUGGAUAUUCCAGGCGUGUUUGCCGACAAAGUGAUGAAGGCGGCGAUGAAGCACAUCGAGAUAAUCGCUAAUGCUCGGGAGAAAGCCAAGAACGCGGAAGCUCUGGAGGCGGCGGCUCUGGAGGAGUACGGCUCCAGCCUCCACGCCGCGCUGUACAGCAGGAAGAACGAGCUCCUCUACCUGAGGAGGCUGACCGAGAUGCUGUUUCCGUACGUCAUGCCUCCCAAAGCGACGGACUGCAGGUCUCUGGCUCUGCUGCUGCGGGAGGUGAUGUCUGGAUCCGUCAUCCUGCCGACCAUGGACUUCAUGGCCGACCCCGACACCGUGAACCUCAUGGUCCUCAUCUUCGUCGACGACUCUCCACCGGAGCCCGCCACAGAACCUCCGUCUCCGCUGGUUCCAUUCCUGCAGAAAUAUGCAAACGUCAGCAACAGGAAGUCGUCGGUGCUGAAGUUGGAGCUGAAGGACAUCCGCCGCCAGCAGGAUCUGCUCUUCCGUUUCAUCAACUUCCUGAAGCAGGAGGGAGCCGUGCACGUGCUGCAGUUCUGCCUGGCUGUGGAGGAGUUCAACGACAAGAUUCUGAGUCCAGAGCUGAGCGACGCGGAGCUGCAGCGUCUGCACGGCGAGGUGCUCCACAUGUACCAGACCUACUGCCUGGACGAGAGCGUCGACAAGAUCAGCUUCGACGCGUCCGUCGUGGAGGAAAUCCGGAACAUCGCCUCAGGGCCGUACCCGGACGUGGUGAAGCUGCAGAAGACGCCGUGCCUGUUCGAGGCGUACGAGCACGUCCUGUCUCUGCUGGAGAGCGUCUUCACCCCCAUGUUCUGUCACAGCGACGAGUAUUUUCGACACCUGCUGAGAGGAGCCGAGUCUCCAACUAGAAACUCCAGGAUCAACAGAAAUAUCCCGAGAAGAGGAGAGUCCUUCAACAUGAGGAAGAUCGGCAGCAAGCUGAAGGACGUGUUCAGGAGCACCACCAUGGAGGGGGCCUUACUGCCCCCCAGUGAUGAAGAUCUGGUGGAGGAGGCGGCUGUCGUCUACGAGGACGACUCGUCCUCCGAACCGGCCGCCACGCCGGGAAUCCAGAGGAACCUGCUGGCGUGGACCGUCAGCAUCCCCUUCAUCGACUUCCUGGAGGACGAGGUCAAACGGGAGAAGAUCCCCGUCUUCUGCAUCGACGUCGAGCGCAACGACAGGAAGGAUGUGGGCCAUGAAACCGAGAGGUGGUUGGUCCCCAGGAGGUACCUGGAGUUUUACGUUCUGGAGUCGAAGCUGACGGAGUUUCACGGAUCAUUUGCAGACACGCAGCUUCCCUCCAAAAGGAUCAUCGGACCCAAAAACUACGAGUUUCUCCAGUCAAAAAGGGAGGAGUUUGAGGAAUACUUGCAGAAACUCCUGAAGCAUCCGGAGCUCAGCAACAGCCAGCUGCUGGCGGACUUUCUGUCUCCGUUCAGCCUGGAGUCUCAGUUCCUGGAGAAGAUGCUGCCUGACGUCAACCUGGGAAAGAUCUUCAAGUCUGUUCCUGGAAAGUUGAUGAAGGAGAAAGGACAGAACCUGGAGCCCUUCAUCCAGUCCUUCUUUAACUCCUGCGAGUCGCCCAAACCCAAACCCAGCCGGCCCGAGCUCACCAUCCUCAGUCCCGGCGCCGAGAACGACAAGAAGCUCCUCAGCAGCCUCUACCGGAACAACAUGGACCUGCACGAGGACGCCGUGAGGAACAACAGGUCCAACUGCUUCCUGGAGAUGACGAGCGUCCACGGCAUGUAUGACUACAUGAUGUAUGUGGCUCGAGUCGUCUUCCGCGUCCCGGACUGGCUGCAUCACCUGCUGGCGGCUGGACGGAUCGUCCUGAAGAACUCUCUGGAGGCCUACAUGGACCGGUACAUGCAGUCCAAGCUGGAGCAGGUCCUCCAGGAGCACCGCAUGGUGUCCCUCAUCACGCAGCUCCGAGACGCCGUUUUCUGUGAGAACGGCGAGAAGAGGACCGUCGAAGACAAACAGCUCCGAGCCAAGCAGACCUUCCAGGAGAUGCUCAGAUACUUACCAGACUUUGUGGGCAAAUGCAUCGGAGAAGAAGCCAAACAUGAAGGAGUCCGGCUCCUCUUUGAUGCUCUGCAGCAGCCGCUCCUCAACAAGCAGAUGGCGUACGUCCUGCUGGACAUCGCCGUGCUGGAGCUUUUCCCUGAACUCAACAAGGUGGGGGCCAAGGAACCGUUUAUCGUGUGACUGACGGACCGGGACCAGAACCCACGGAUGACGUGCAAUAUUCAGGAGUUUCUCCAAAGCUUCGGCUCCUUCACUGCAUUCCAGAUUCUGCUGCACUAAUAAAGACUUUUAUUUAUUA